CCAGAGGGAUAACGGCCAGUUGAAAGGUGUUUCCAAAAACAUUCCAGCUCUCCUACAAAAAGGAAACACAAAAGGGAGAAGGAGCUGUGCCCAUUGACUGGUAGCAUCUGGUAGUCCCUGAGAAAAAUUACUGGCUGCAGCUUCUUGAAGCUCUACGUAUUUCUAUCCAGAUUGCCCUGGGCAUCAGUCAACUUGUCCUCCACCAUGAAGUCCCUCUUAUUCUGUUGCCUCUUUGGCGCUUUCUUAGCUACAGGCAUGUGUCUUGAGUGCGAGUUUUGUAACGAGUUGGGCCAGAAUUGUUCCGGCUGGACAAAAACCUGUGAUGAGAAGGAAGAUACUUGUAUCACCUUUCAAACUGAAGUGAUAAGAGCCCCUCUGUCCAUCACUUUCACUUCAAAAGCCUGUGGAACUUCGGACACUUGCCAUCUUGACUAUGUGGAGACAAGUCUACAUAACUAUCUAACAGUGAGGUCCAAACGUGCCUGCUGUACGGGAGUUGAAUGUCAAACUCAGUCACCUCCUGUGCUUGAACCCCAAGCCAACCGACCCAACGGACUUCAGUGUCCUGGAUGCAUUGGACUCAGCUCCACUGAAUGCACUGAGCACCUGGUUUCCUGCCGGGGAUCUGAAAACCAGUGUUUGUCUUUAACUGGGAAGAACAGUGAGAUCCUCUUCAGGGAGAUUUCCUUCAAAGGAUGCGCUUCAGAGAGUCUGUGCACUUUGCUUGAGAAGGAUUUCUGGACAUUUUUAGGGGAAUUAGAAGUAGACAUGAAAUGCACCCCAGCCGUCCCGCAGACUUCCCAGUGAUGUAUAACUGCACGUCAAGGCCAUCGCUCCACCUUACUAGAGCUUAGGAGCCAACAUGGCUCAUUCUGUUUUAGUCAGUUUUCCACAGAAUUCUCGUUCUUCUGGAUGUGUCAAAGUUUCCUGCAACUAAUGUGGAAAUUAACUGAGCCAUGGUUCAAUCAAUAAAGCAGUAACUUUAAAAAGAA